UGAUGGUGGUGGUCGCGGUCGUCCCGUCGUUGUUACGCUUUUCUCGCCAUUUGUGGAUUAUUUACUAUUCUGCCUCGUCACGGGACCCGUGUGUGCACUUUUUUUCUACUUGACUGUCCGCGUGAUACCGUCGUUUGGUGUUUUACAUGUGAUACUCGACUAACGCGAUAAUGGACAGCAACAAGGACGAGGCCGAGAGGUGCAUAGACCUCGCCGAGAGAUACGUUCGCGAAAAGAGGUUCGACGACGCGGAAAAAUUCCUUAAAAAAGCCCAGAGGCUAUUCCCCACGAAGAAAGCCGAAGAUUUGUUAAUAACAGUCACAUUAAUGUCAAAACAAACUGGUAAAUCAGAACCUGAAGCAGAGGUUAGAAAAAGACAAACUACCUCAAAAGCAAAUGGGCCACAAGUUCAAACCACCAUUAACUACACAGAAGAACAAAUCGAGCAUGUCAGGAGGAUAAAAAAAUGUAAAGAUUAUUACGAAAUUUUAGGAAUUAAUAAAGAUGCUACUGACAGUGAGAUUAAGAAAGCAUACAAAAAAUUAGCAUUACAAUUGCAUCCAGAUAAAAAUAAAGCACCUGGAGCUGCAGAGGCAUUUAAAGCUAUAGGCAAUGCUGUAGCUGUUCUAACUGAUGUUGAAAAAAGAAAGCAAUAUGAUAUGUAUGGUUCAGAUGAAGAAAGAAUCAGUAGUUCAAGGCACACACAUACACAGUAUAGUUAUACACGAGGCUUUGAAGCUGAUAUUACAGCUGAAGAACUAUUUAAUAUGUUCUUUGGUGGUUUCCCUCAACAAGAAUUUUAUAUGCGCAGAGGUGGUGGUAGGUGGAUGAGACAAAAUGAAGCUCAACAUGCUCAGCAUACUCAUUCUCAACAACAAGCAAAUGGUUACACUACAUUCCUUCAAAUGUUACCUGUACUAUUACUAAUAGUAUUGACAAUGAUGAGCAGUUUUUAUAUCUCUGAUCCAGUUUAUAGUUUACACCAAAGUUCUAAAUAUUCAACACAAAGAAUUACUCAAAAUCUGAAAGUACCAUACUAUGUAAAGGACAACUUUCAAACAGAGUAUAAAGAUAAUUUAAGACGCCUUGAACAUUCUGUCGAAGAAGAAUACAUGAAUUUCUUACGGCAUUCUUGCUUUAGAGAAAGAAAUUAUCGAGAAUCAAUGAUGUGGAAAGCAAGAAGUUUCGGAGAUCAGGAACAAUUUCAGCGAGCUAGAAAUAUAGAAAUGCCUUCAUGUAAAAAGCUUCAAGAAAUGCAAUGAUAGUGAAAAAAGACUUAAAUAUAAUUUUUAAGUUUAAAUAAAAUUUGAAACAUGAAUUGUAAGUAUAUAAAAUGGUCACUUUUGAACAAGGUAAAUUUUUGUUCAAUAAGCAUAAUCUGGUUUUCGCAUUUCAUAUCUUAAAUAACAUUUGUAGAUUUUCUUUUUCUUUUAAAGUAAUUUUGUUCAAAUUAGCUUGUAAAAUAGAUUCACAGCGGAUAAACCUUAGGACCUUUUUUAAAAAAUACAUUAUUUCAAUGUGCAAUGCUUGCAGUGUAUGUUGUAAUUACAGUAAUUUCAUUGAAUUGGCGUUAACAAAAUAUUAUUUUUCCAAUCAACUUCUGACGUAUGAAUUUCUUUCAUUAAUACCUAUGUGUAAUGAUGCAAAUUUUAAAGUCCAUUUUUGAAACUGGUAAUCGAAUUCAUUUUAUUGAGUAUAAGGGCAAAGAGAAUCGUGAAUAGUUACUGAAUAUUAUUCAAGUGAAAGAGAUGAUUUUGCUAAACAAUCAUUUUGUAAAUACAGUAUUUUAGUGCAAUUUGUCUUAUCCAAUCUUAUUUAAUUUAUUU